AUGGCAUCUCGCAAGGAAAUCAUCAACAAGAUCUACAAGAUCCUCGGUCGCGUGGCCGUCAUUGGCGGUAGCGAGGACUACACCGGUGCCCCCUACUUCUCCGGCAUGGCCUCUGCAAAGCUCGGUGCCGACAUGUCACACGUCAUCUGCGAACCCGGCGCCGGCCAGGUCAUCAAGACCUACUCGCCCAACCUCAUGGUCCACCCAUACAUGCGUCAGAGCAAGAACAUGAAGGAGGGUGAGACCAUCGACAACAUCUCAAAGACCGUCACCGACAUGCUGUCCCGUCUCCACGUCGUUGUCAUUGGCCCCGGUCUCGGCCGCGACGAGGCCAUGCAAGAGACCUGCGCUCGUGUCAUCACCGAGGCCCGCAAGCAGGGCAUCCCCUUCAUUGUCGAUGCCGAUGGUCUUUUCAUCAUCCAGAACAGACCAGAGUUGGUCGAGGGCUGCACCGAGUGUAUCCUCACACCCAACGUCGUCGAGUUUGGCCGUCUGGCAAAGGCAAAGGGCAUUGACGCCACCGGUGACCCUACAAAACUGUGCGAGGAGCUGGCCAAGGCAUUCGGUGGUCCCACCAUCAUCCAGAAGGGCGCCAAGGACUACAUCUCCAACGGCAAGGUCACCUUUGUCAACGACAACGAGGGUGGUCUCAAGCGUUCCGGAGGUCAAGGCGACACCCUGACCGGCUCCCUCGCCACUCUUCUCGCUUACAGAAAGGCCUACCACGACAAGCUCUGGGAGCACGAAAACGACCUGUCCGAGCCCGAGACUCUGGCUCUGGUCGCUUUCGGUGGCUCUGCCAUCACCAGAGAGUGCUCCCGUCUCGCAUACAAGGAGAAGGGUCGUUCGCUGCAGGCUGGCGAUUUGACCGAGCACGUCCACACUGCUUUCCUCAACACCAUUGGCGAAAAGACAAAGAUUUGA